AUGAAGAUCAUGCCAGAAUUAGGAAGUUGGUCAGCACAAUCUCAGAUAAGAUUCUCGCUUUGCUUUUUGCUGUGUUGCUGUUUUUUUGUCAAUCGAGUAAACAGUUAUGUGCUGACAAACUGCACAAUUGAAAACACACGUAAUAUCACCAUCAACAUGAAAGUACUCUGUAGUCAAAGGAAUCUUGAAUCCAUACCAAAUGACAUUCCAUCAAAAGUUAGAUUCUUAGACAUUUCCUAUAAUUAUAUUUCCAAAAUCAAAAUAUUUGACUUGAAAUUUCUAACAACCCUAAAAGUCUUAAAUAUGUGCAGCAACAUUAUCUCUCAUAUUGACGAUGGGGCUUUUUCAGACUUAGUUGCUCUACAGGUGUUGAAUCUGGAUGAGAACAAACUCACCUGCCUGUCAGGCCACAUGUUUCAAGGCCUGGGUAACCUCUUAGUGUUAACACUGUCUGAGAACUACAUCACAAACAUUACCCGCUCAUCUGUUCAGUCCCUCUACUCGUUAAAAGAAGCAGUCUUAAAGAUUAACAGACUGAGAGAUAUUGAACAUGUUACGCCCAUCUUCCACUUACCAAACCUGCAGACAUUGGAUAUUAGUAACAACUUGUUUGACUCUUUUCAGUCAUCAAAAAUAUCAAAGUCCACAAGUGUGAGAAGGCUUGACGUAUCUUAUAACACUUUAAAAAUCUUCAGCAUCACAGACAACGUUUUUCCAGACCUUCAGACAUUACACCUCUCGUACUGUGGCCCACAUGAAAACGGAAGCAUGGACUGGGAUGUUCCAGACAGCCACUUCCUGAGAAACGUCUCAGAUCUACACUUGUCCCACAUCCACAUGUCUGCGGAGAUGAUGAGCAUGCUGCUUCGGAGUCUCAACUCCUCAUUAGUGAACCUGACAUUGAAUAAUCAAGCUGAGUAUAAGCUGAAGACUCUGGUGGAUGAAGCCUGUCAUAUACCUACACUGAGGACAGUCCACCUAAAAGAAAACAACAUCAGCAAGGACAUGCUGCAAUCAUGCACUCAGGUGACUGAAAUGGACUUAUCAGGCAGUGAUACUAUAGAAUUAUCUGAUAACAGGCUGCCUUUCAUACCAAAUGUCUUAAAGAAUCUGGCCACUUUAGAAGUCCUAGAUCUAGGCGGAAACAUGAUCAGUCGAUUGGACUGCUUAGAUUUAGACAAUCUCACAAGACUUACAGAACUAUAUCUUGAAAUAAACGACAUCUCAAUAAUUGAAGAAUGUUUUUUCCAGGACAUGGGAGCUUUAAAGAUUCUGGAUCUUCAUGAUAACAAAAUACUCACCUUAAAUGGUGCCUUCAAGAAGGGUUUAGUCAAUUUAGAGAGCCUGAAUUUGAAACAAAAUUACUUUACAAGUAUUGAAGGGGAAUUUGAAAACUUACCAUCUCUGAAACAUCUGGAUUUAUCAUUUAAUGAUAUUUACCUGAUGGAAGGACCCGUUGAGGGUCUUGCAAGUCUUACAACCCUGGAUCUUUCAUCGUGUAAAUUACAUUAUCUGGGAAAAUCACUUACAGCCCUAAAUGCCUUAAAAACACUCAAUGUAUCACACAAUAUGUUGUCUGAUUUGUAUACAUCCAAUAUUAAAAUCAACUCACCCUUUUCUAACCUGUCAUCUUUGGAACAUUUAGUGAUGGACUAUCAAAGUAGAUUUUAUCUACCGUCGGACUAUCUGCAAGGUCUGAAAUCUUUAUUGACAUUAAGUGCACAGAAUUUUCAUUUUAAUUAUCUAGACCCAGAAACAUUUGCUCAUACCCCUAACUUGAUAUCACUUGAUAUCAGCAAGAAUGAUUUGAGUAAAAAUGACUUUACAGAGCACUCUCUAAAAUUGUUUAAACUAAUUCCAAAUCUAGAAAAACUGUACAUGUCUGAAUGUGGACUCCCGUCUUUGGAUUUCAUCUUUCUGGUGGAACGUAACAUACUCAAAAAGGACAAUGAAGUAUCGCUUUCUUCUCUCCCUGCCUUAACAUUUCUGGAUGUGCAAGGUAACCCUUUCAGCUGUGAUUGCAGCAAUGCUUUUUUCAUCCAGUGGGUGAAAAGCAACAGCCAAACACAAGUGGUUGAGGCGUACCAGUAUCUCUGCAAAUAUCCCAAGGAUUUAAAGGGUUCCAAACUGUUGGACCUGGACACACGCCCCUGUUUUGUAGACAGUGGUUUCUUCUACUACAUCUCCACUGCUUCUCUGGUCAUUCUCACCCUGCUGGGGGCCUUUAUCUACCAUCUCCUUAGAUGGCAGAUGGUCUAUGCCUACUACCUCUUCCAGGCUUAUCUAUAUGAUGCCAAGCGGAAGAAGCACUGUGUGCCUUAUCAGUUUGAUGCCUUCAUCUCCUACAAUGCCCACGAUGAGCCUUGGGUCAAGGGGGAACUGCUGCCGGAGUUGGAGGAGGGGCAGGGAUGGAAGCUGUGUCUGCACCACCGAGACUUCCAGCCAGGCAAAUCAAUAAUUGAUAACAUUACAGACGCCAUCUACGGGAGCAGGAAGACCAUCUCUGUGAUCAGCCACCGAUACCUGGAGAGCGAGUGGUGCUCCAGAGAGAUACAGAUGGCCAGCUUCCGGCUGUUUGAUGAACAGAAGGACGUGCUGAUCCUGGUAUUUCUGGAGGAGAUCCCAGACCAGCAACUGUCUCCCUACCACCGGAUGAGGAGGCUGGUGAAGAAGAGCACCUAUUUGAGCUGGCCAAAAGCUGGGGACCACACUGGGGUCUUCUGGCAUAAGCUACGGAUGGCCCUGGAGACCAAAGACUGCCCUGCUGAGGAGAACCCCAUCCUUACCGGGGUGGAGAUGCCAUAACAGAGAAAACUGAAUUGGAAAAACAACAAGUUUUCUGUCA